GGCUGUCCCGUCUUGGGACCUAGAACAAGUAAUAUUUGAAGGCUGUCCCGUCUUGGGAUCUUAAGAAAGUAAAAUAUAAAUUUGAAGGCUGUCCCGUCUUGGACCUAAAACGAGUAAAUAUAUAUUUGAAGGCUGUCCACUUGGGACCUAAAACACAUAAAUAUACAUUUGAAGGCUGUCCUGAUUUGUGACCGUCCCGACUUGUGACCUAAAACACAUAAAUAUACAUUUAAAGGCUGUCCCGACUUGUGACCUAAAACACAUAAAUAUACAUUUGAAGGCUGUCCCGUCUUGGGACCUAGAACAAGAAGUGCGGAAGUGAUUUAUUAUGUUCGAACUUAAAGCAAUUAUUAGAAUGGUAUAUUUAUAGUUUGUUUGUAAAAGAGAGUUUGACAAAAGUAGUUGUUCUGGUAUUACUAUGUGGUAGAAAGAUUUUAAUUUAUGGUUUAUUUGAUGAGAUGAAUGGCAAUAUUCAAGUGUACUGGUAAGUCAUACAUUUUUCUACAUCAAGAAAGAAGAAAGAAGACAAAGAAGGGACGCUCGGACGAAAGGAAAAAAGAAGAGAAAGAAAAAAAAGACAGAAAGAGGACAAAGAAGGCGAAGAAGGAAAAAAAAAAGCUUCGCCUGACUGACAUUAAAAGAAUUACUUUGUGGUUAACAGAAGAAACAUUGUAUUUAAUUCUCGGUAUUCAUUGAUCACCCUGUUAU